CUAUCCCUGCUGCUAAUGGGGGCCAAGCGCGACACCCACAAGCAGCUCUUCCAGACGCUGGGCUACAGUGAUUUCACCAGCGCCCAGGUGAGCGAGGCCUACGAGCACCUGCAGCACAUGUUGAGUCACAGCCAGGGGGCGCUGCAGCUGGACACUGGCAGCACCCUGGUCCUGCAGGAGGGCUUCAAGCCUACGCAGAAGUACCUGGAGGACGCCAAGCACUACUUCCAGGCUGAGGGCUUCACUGUCGACUUCAAGAAACAGGAUUUGGCCCUGCAAGAGAUCAAUAAGUACAUUGCCAAGAAGACCCAUGACAAGAUCCCUGAGGUGAUGUCGAGUGUGGACAGUGACACUCUCCUGGUGCUGCUGAACUACAUCUUCUUUAGAGGUAGGUCAAUCUCCACUCAUCUUAUGAUAGAUAUAUUCAUGCCCAAGUUCUCUGCAUCUGGGUCAUACUCCCUGAAGGAAGUUCUGACAGAGAUGGGUGUGGUUGCCGCAUUCUCUGACUCCGCUGAUCUAUCGGGGAUCUCUGAAGAGGUUGGCCUGAAGGUGUCCAAGGUGUCCCACAAAGCUGUGCUCAACGUGGAUGAGAAGGGCACUGAGGCCGCUGCUGCCACCACCAUCGAAAUCAUGCCCAUGUCCCUUCCGGACACGUUCGUCUUGGACAGGCCCUUCCUGCUGCUCAUUGUAGAGGAGUCCACUAGGAGCAUCCUCUUCAUGGGCAAGGUUGUGAACCCCACAGCCAGCUAGACCAUGCGGUAUCAACGGCAGGGUUUCCAUGGGGGGGUACUGA